CACAAACACACACACACACAUUUCGAUCAUCAACAUCAACUGAUUAACUGUAGUAGUAACUAACCAAUAAAAAAUUACUACUCUAGGUUAAUUAUAUGUUUUUGUUGAGUAGGUGUAAAUCAGUAAUAUUAGUAGGCCUAUAUAAAUUACAACUUCCAACAACUAUUUCUUAUUAACACAAACAAACAAAACUCAUAUCGAUUUACAGUUGAUGUACUGAACAGUUCAGUGGAUUAUUAUUCGCCAUAUUCAAACAAUACUAAUCACAGUCAACAGUAGUAACAAUGAUCAUUGAAUUACGUCGUUUGGGUGUUAGUCUGUUAUGCUUAGCAGUGGGUCUAAGUAUUGCAUCGUUGGUAACAAGUCUUUGGGAUUGUGGAAAUUUAUUCUCAGGAUGUCAGAAUACUGUUCAUAAGGAGACUGUAUCAGCUGUUGCUGGCUUAAUCAUCUUAGGCACUGUAUGCCUAUUAGUCAUCAUCCUAUUGGACGCCAUUGCAUUGUGUUCAGAUGUAUUCGCCUCACGUGCUGCUUAUACAACUGUACGUUUCAUCAUAUUAUACUUGGGUGCUGCAGCUCUCUUGAUUGGCAUAUUAGUGUACACAUCAUUAGUCGGACAUCAUUGGUCAUACUUCUUCGCAGUGACUGGAGCUGUACUAGCAACACAAGUGGCUAUAUUGGCAAUCAUGUCGUCAAAAUGUGUUACCGUUCGAACCACUACAACAACGAGAACAAUUCGAGAAAGUCGUCUGGCACAUCGGUAAACCAAUGACCAAUUCGUUUAUUUUGCUUUGAAGCAUUCAACCAAUUUCCCACAUUUUAUCCUUUCUCUCAUUCAUGAUCAUUCUAUUUCUCUUGUGACUAAUUUAGCUUAAGCAAUAACAUCUAUUGUAUUGUAUUGUAUUGUAUUGUAUUGUAUUGUAUUGUAUUGUAUAUUUGACAGUAUUCAAUGUGCAUGUUGUGUUGUUACAUGUCCAAUGAUUGCUUUACUGUGUGUCUUUCUAAUUUAAAUAUCAUAUUGAUAUAUAAACAUUGUAAUCGACAAGAUCACUGAAACGAAGUUUUAUUGGGCAUUCAGUGUACGAUUAAAAUGAAUCUGCCAAUUCUUCACCAGGAUAUUAUCGGUCAGUGUCAGUGUUAUGUUUCAUGUUUGGUUGAAUACUCGAAAUACACUGUAUUAUUCU